GCGGCGCUCGAGCGGGGCGGUCGGGUCCGCCGGCAGAAAUGGCUCAAGAAGAGAUGGAAGUUGAUCUCCAGCCGGUGGUUGCUUACUCUGUGGAGGAUCUCGGGACGCUUCCCACAGAGCCCUCGGGUCACGCAGCGCUGUCCUCGGGUGCUCCGGCGCUCGGUGAAGGCGGCGGCAGCGUUACGGUUCCUCCUGCUGAUGACGCUGUUGGCACACCAAAUGCUGGCCCAAGAAGGGAAGCUGAGCCUGACCCACAGCCGAGUCCUGCCUUGGCUCUCAGCGGGCUGCAAAGGCUACAAGGGCCACUUGAUCUGCAUCGGCCACUGCCCGUGCCACAGGGCACGCAGCGCCCGCGAGCCAGGGGAGCUCGCAGGCAGCAGAGGAUGGGUGGUUCCCAGAGGACUGUCAGUGCUAGGGCAGCGUUGGACAGUUAUUUUCAACUCAGCAGGACCCAAGAGCCCACUACAGGACCCGUCCUGCGUCUGGAGCCAUCGCGUGUCCCAAGGGACAACCAGGAACCCAGCUCAGAUGAAACAGUAGAACUGAGCGACUCUGACAGCAGCUCUUCUGCUGAGGAGGAGGAGGAGGAAGCAGUGGAGGCUGCAGCACCGCUGUUACCGUCAGCCCAGGAGACGCCUCCAGCAGCCAGCCCAGGAGUUUCCAAUCAGGUCCAAGCAGAGCCACCUCAAGCUUUGUCUCAAGCUUCUGCAGAAGAUGGCAGUCAUGAAAAUGAAGAAGCUGAAGGCCAGCAAAAGCAGAGAACUCCACUAAAGAAACCAGAGCCAUCAGUGCCUGUAGCUGUGCUGGAUGAGGAGGAAGGGGAUACCUGUGCCAUCUGCUUUGAGCAGUGGACCAACGCUGGGGACCACCGCCUCUCGGCCUUGCGGUGUGGACAUCUGUUUGGUUACACGUGCAUUGAGAGGUGGCUCAAGGGACAGGCAGGGAAGUGCCCCCAGUGCAAUAAGAAAGCGAAGCGCUCUGACAUCGUGAUCCUGUACGCUCGGACGCUGAAAGCGCUGGACACCAGUGAACAGGAGCGCAUGAAAAGCUCUUUAGAAAAGGAACAACUGUUGAGGAAACAGGCAGAGCUGGAAUCUGCCCAGAGUCGUCUCCAGCUGCAGGUUUUGACAGACGAAUGCAGCAAACUCCGCAAGCAAGUUCAGGAGCUGAAGGCUCUGGUGGCCCAGCACAACGUGAGUGCUUCUCAGCAGCCCAGCAGCUCCCGCACCUUCCUCCCAGGCAGCAUCCCCUCCAGCCAAAGCCAGCGCAAGUACCACUUGGAAAAGGUCUUUGUGGUGUCCCAGGCAGGGAACUGCAGAGUGAUGGCAUACUGCGACUCGCUGAGUUGCCUCGUGGUAUCACAGCCUUCUCCACAGUCUACUUUUAUUCCUGGUUGUGGUGUGAAGAUGAUGAGCGUGGCCAACCUGAAGAGCAGUCAGUACAUCCCCAUCCACAGUAAGCAGAUCCGGGGCCUGGCUUUCGGCCGGCGAGCGGAUGGUUUGCUGCUCUCUGCUGCUCUGGACAACACUCUCAAACUGACCAGCUUGGCAACAAACACUGUGGUGCAGACGUACAACACUGGCCGUCCUGUCUGGAGCUGCUGCUGGUGUCUGGAUGAUACCAACUACAUCUACGCUGGCCUGGUCAACGGCUCUAUCAUGAUCUAUGAUUUGAGAGACACCAACUCUCACGUCCAGGAGCUAGUCCCUCAGAAAUCCAAGUGCCCCAUGGUAUCGUUGUCCUAUCUGCCCCGGAUGGCCUCGGCCUCGCUGCCUUACGGUGGAAUCCUGGCUGGGACCUUGGAAGGAGCCUGUUUUUGGGAACAGAAAGCUGGCAACUCCUACCGGCCUCACCACCUGCCGCUGGAACCCGGAGGAUGCAUCGAUAUUCAAACGGAGAUCAACACGCGGCACUGCCUCGCCACGUACCGGCCCAGUAAAAAUAACCCGUGUGUGCGUUGUGUGAUGAUGGAACUGACCAGCAGCCCACUGACGGGGGCCUCAGAAGAUGUGGUGUGCUCUUCUAACCCGGUUCAGACGUUCAGUGCUGGGCCCACCUGCAAGUUGCUGACCAAGAACGCCAUUUUUCAGAGCCCGGAGGAGGAUGGCAGCGUCUUUGUGUGUGCUGGCGACGAGGCCUCUAAUUCUGCCCUGCUCUGGGAUGCUGGCAGUGGAUCCUUGCUGCAGAAGCUGCAGGCCGACCUGCCUGUGCUGGACAUCUGCCCCCUGGAAGUGAACCAAACCCACCUCCUGGCCACGCUGACGGAGAAGACGGUGAAGAUCUACAAGUGGCAGUGAGAGCAGUCCCUGCUCCUGCCACAGAGGGUUUCCAAAUAUGCUGCUGAUUAACCCCACACAACCCCUGCUGUCCCCCUCGUGCUGCUUACAGGAGACAGGAACCGCUACCGCACCGUUCCGGUGGUGGGCUGGAACUGGGACACGCUGGUGCCUGGAGCAGUUCCCUCCUUCCUCAGUCUUCUUUUUUAGGUCUACCCUUAUUUCUUCUUUGGUCAAUUUAUUUUUCAGUCGGACUCCGCGAGCUGCCUCGGCACAGCAAUACUUGGACCAUCUCCAGCGUGUGUUGCUGCACUUGGGGUGGUUUUUUUUCUCCCCAGUGUGAUUGCAGCACAGGGACUCGUAAAUCUUUUCUGCAAAUCAACAAAACGAGAGGAUCUGGAAGAGCCAAGACUCCUACUGCACUUCCUCUUGGAGUCUUGCUGUGGUAACACGGUGAUGAGAAGGUGGCAAUGUUGGC